CUGACAUUCCCGCUUCUUCCACUCUUCUCUAGACUAGCCCCCUCCCCCUCCCUUUUCUUCUCCUCCAAUCCAUCAAAAAGCAAGAAAAAAUGUCUCCGCCGCCAGAACUGGUGUCGAAAAACAGAUUCUUAGGGUUUCUAAUUUGGCAAACCUUCACUUCCACCACCAUUUACUUCCUCACAAAACUCUUCCUCCUCGCCUUUUUUACCACUCCCAAAUUUUCACCAUCCCAACUAUGUUUUUCACUUCUCAAGUUUUUUACUUUUACCUUCUCUAACCUCCUCUUCUCUUCCUCUCUCUCUAUCCUCUCCUCUCCACAAUCUCUUCCCUACGCCUCUCCUCUCCAGCUCGCCGCCGGUCUAGUCCGCUUUGCUUUUGUGUCGUCACCGGCGGAGCCUGAGUUUCGCCGUCGUGCGUUGGUUUCGGCGAGAUUUGUGGUGUUUGUGGUGGUUGCUGGGAUAUCUGGGGCUUUUUCAGUGGUGUGUUUGUGUGGUUUUGAUGGGUUUGAGUUGAUUGCGAGGUUAGGAUUUAGGGGUUUUGUGUUUGGGGUUUUGUAUGGGUUGUUUGAUGUUUAUAAAAAAAGAUGGGUUUUGGAGUUUCCGAUCAUUCAGCGUCCUCUUUUCUACAGCUUCAAGAUGGGACUUCCUUUGGCUAUUAAACGAGCUUUAAAGCUUUCAAAUGUGGCUUACCUAUUCUUAUCUGUGCUGCAAGUGUUUCUUCCACAGCAAUUUAAGAGUGGAGGGACCAUGGGGCAGUUCAUCACUGAGCAGAUCAUUCUGUAUAUUGGGAGCUUUUCUGUGGUUUUCUGUUGGGAAUUGAGUCACCAUUUACAUCAGGUGCUACACACAAAAAGGUUCUUAUUUGCACCGCCAAAAGGUUCUGCUGCAGCAGAGACAAAUCCCAGCGAGCCUCUCCUUGCAGCCCUUGAGGAGAGCAUUCCAGAUUCCCUUCCACAGUAUCUUGCAUAUCUUGAUCUGUGUAUGGUUUGUGAGAAUAAUGUAGAUACUUGGCGCCGAGCUGCAUUUUUUGAAGAAACUGGUGAAACUUACAAAAGAGUUGUUGCUGCAUGCUUGAGGCCUUUGGAACAGCUUGCAUCUAACUUGAGUGAAGGCUUGGAAGGUUGUUUUGUUGACAAGGCACACCAACUAUCCAAUCAAUUGCAGUCGCCGACCGACUCUCAACGGGAUUCAAGGCACUGUGAACCACUAAACAACUUCCAGAAGUAUGCAUGGUGCGCCAGGGCAGUUGCCUCCUUGACUGCAUGGUCGCACGAGGAGGACAGAUUUGGGGUUGCGCAACUCACUGGUAGCAAUGCUGCUGUUACCUCAACACUUAUCUCUAGCCUGCUCGCUGUUGAAGCUUUCAUGGGGAAGAAGACAAGCUUGCAACCCCAACACUUGAUGGGGCCAGCUGCUAUUAAAUGGAAUACUCCAAACUCAGGAAGAAGAGAUGUUGUGACAACGAAAAAACAAGGUGGUCCUCUACAUGCAAAAGCUUAUGCCAUGGCAGAUGUGCUAAGGACCUCAGUCUACAGCAUUGUGUCUACUUUCCACGAUGAGAUGUUCACAAGUAACAAAGCAGGUCUUCUUGAGAAGGAUUGGGUCAUUAAAAGCAAGCCCCUUUUCGGAACCUAUGAGCUGCUUGUUCAGAAAUUGCAUCAUUUCCUGGAUUUUCGAGCGAACUAGCUACUCGUUUUCUUGUAAUCGGCAUUAUCCUCGUAAUCCCCAUUCCUCUAGUCAUUAGAGGAAGCAGCGUCAAGGAGACAAGCUUGUUUGUUCACCUGGUUCUAUUCACAAAGCUUUAACAGGUAAUUUCAAUUUUGCUUUGGAGGAUAACUGAAAGUGUAACUAUAAAAUCAUGCUGUAUUGUUGGAAAACCUCUCAAGAAUGAAUCGUAUUUUACUGAGUUGAGUUGCAAAA